AUGAAUCUUCCACCAACUCCACCAUUUAGUCAAGAUUUCACUCGUGCCGAUCUACGCGAAUAUAUUAGAAAAGCAUAUGGAUCUUGGUUUGAUACAAUUACCGGCGUAAGACAGGAUUACGACAUGCGCUAUUGGCAUAGAUUAGAUUGUGAGAUUCCAGGUAUUCUUGAAGUAUUGAAAGCUGCUGAAAAGGGAGAAUUGAAUGUUGAACAUCUCCCUAAAUUAAAGAGAAUAAGAUUUCAAGGAACUGCAUUAUUACAUUUCUUUGAAGAAUUUGUACUUGAGGCUUAUGCAAAGAUUAUUGAGAAACAGGCAUAUCAAAAUGUUAAUCUGGAUUUCUUGGUUAGUGAUUGUAUUAGCUUCUUUGAAGAAAGAUGGAAACAACGUUAUCCAUAUGAUGAACAAUGUAAACAUCAAAUGGAAUACUACUAG